AUGAAGGCAGCACCUGUAGGUAUCAGCUCCCUUGCAAAUGCUGCACCUACUCGUACAACUACUAACCGUCUACCAGCUCAACCGUCCUCACCACCACAAUCACGACAAAUUCGACCUCCUGGUGUCCCUAUAUUACAUCGUCAUACUUCGCCAAUUGAUACUAAUCAACAUCCUCCUCCUGUUAGUACAAAUAGUAUUAAUAUGCCAAUGACACAAACUCAAGUUCGUUUACAAGCAGAAGCUGCAGCAGCUGCAUUAGAGAUACGUGAACGACGAAGAGCUGCAGCGGAAGCUGCAAAUAAAAAUAGACGACCACGUCGACGUAAACGAACCGAUCUAGAUAGUAUACCUGUACGUGGCAGACCAACUUACAGACGACAAUCAUUUUCAGCCUCAGAAGGAUCUGGCAGUUCCAGUUCAUCGAAUUCCUCUAGAUCACCAUCUGGUGAUCGUUCUCAUUCUGAUUCAGGUCGUCAUGCUGUAAUUCGAUCUAAUUCUCCAAAUCGUCAAAUACCAUCCAAUAAACAUGAUCAAGAGGUUAUCCGUCCCAGUGGUGGUCGUAAACGAACUCGUCAAGAUAUGCAACGUACAAGUUUGAAAGAGAUUGAUGAGAAUACAACAACAACACGUCGACAUGUAGGACGUACUAUGCUACUUAAUAGUGUUGAUCCUCGUGAACCAUUAGAAUACGCCCGAUAUACUAAACAAUCAGAUUUUAAUGAACGUUCUACUACACAUAGAACAACACGUGGUACUACUGAUCAAUUUAUGCAGAAACCUGUACAAUCUAUGAAACGAUCUUAUCCUACUACUGGUGUUGACGAAAUGCCAGCACGACAACGUCCAGAACGUGAUUCUCGUCUCCUUGCUACACGUUAUCCAAAUUCAUCUAUUGAUGAAUCGCAUAGAGUCGGCAACGCUGAGACACGUCGUACUGCUGCUACUGUGAAUCAAUUUAAUCUGUCAACUAAGGAGAGAAUAAUUCGACCAAGAACACCACAUGGUUUAGAAAUGCUUGAUUUUAGAAGUCGAUCACCACAUGCAGAAGUGGACAUAUUACCUAAAAUUAUUCGUCUUGAUCGUGAACAAUAUCAACAUCAUCAACAUCAUCAUCGUAGAAUUGUUAGCUAUGAUAUACCUGAUAUGAAUAGUUGUAUAAAAUCACCGCUAAUCAAUAACAACGCCUCCCUAGUUGAUCCUGUGGAUAAUUUCAACUCAGCUAAACGUGCACGUAGUCGUCAUCGUAGUCGUGGUCCUGGGGUAACCAUUGAUCGUUCGGAACCAUUUGAAUCAGAUACAAGUAGUAGUUUUGCUGCUGAACAACGUUUACGAAAAUUACGUGAACGUUUAAAUUUAGUUGAUGAUGCUAUAGCAGAAAUUAAAGCUGGCACUGUUAGUGGUGUCAGUGGUACUGGUGGUAGUGUACAAUCAUCUAAUUUUAAUUUUCGAUGA